AUGAGUAUCCAUCGAAGACGUCAACUGCCGGCUUCACCGGACGACAUUGCAUCUGGUAAUGUAAUUUAUACAUCAAUGACACCACAAAUAAUGCGAAGAUGUCAUCCGAGACUUCAGGAGGUCAGAAGCUUUGACCCAAUGCUUGUGGCUCAAUUGAGAACCGAUUCUGCAAAUCGAGAACUUCUUACUGGUGACAACUACCUUGGAGUCACAGACAUGCGGAAUUCAACGACAGUCGCACGAUCACAGAGUUUCAAGCAUCGGCCCAAGCCGAUGGUCGAGGUCCGCCGAAUGGCAAUAGACGAUGUGGGACCACAUGAGCGGCGCAGAAGUACCCCAACUGUAUCCAGACGUCCUUCUCUACAAAAAUCCCGAAUCAUGGAGCCCAGAACCGAUGUGUGGCCUGAAGCAAAGCCUAUUGGCCUGGAGGAACGAUUUUUGAAGCUUCCCGAUUCUGAGGAUUAUACCAGAGUCCGCCAAUUCAAAAUCGAUGAAAAAGGAGCUGUGGUGUCCCGUGGUGACUCAUUCCGUCGUAAACGUACUCCAACGUAUAAAUCCGACAAAUCACCGUCCCCAUUCCCGGUUUCUGUGUCUACGGACUCGGCACGUGGCUCACGAAGUGAAAGUGAGGCCAGUGAGCCGCUCAUUUCGGAUGACGUGGCAAAAAUGACGGUUAAUGAGAUGACUAAUGCGUCGACUAGUCAUAAAACUUAUAAGAUCUACGUAGUCGGGGACACAGGAACCGGAAAAAGCUCUCUCAUUUCUCAGCUAAUCACAUCAGAGUACAAAAACGCGUUUGCCGACGAGAUUCAGGACUACGAAAAUACAGUAUCCAUUUGUAUUGGUGGUGUUGAGUGUGAUUUGGUGUUCUUUGAAUCGGAUAUGUCUGACCCGUGCUGGCUUACAAAUGAGAUUCACGCAUUUUUGGUUGUCUAUAGUAUUGAUUCGAAAUCCAGUUGGAAGCAGGCAAUGGUUGCGUUGGAGAUGAUUCGCGAUCGUCCGGGCACGAGAAAUUUGCCAACGCUGGUGGCAGGCAACAAAAUCGAUUUGGAGAGGAAAAGGACAGUCACGAAGCAAGAAGUGCGCGCGGCGAAAGCCGCCAUGGGCUUCGAGCAUUUCGAGAUUUCUGUCGCGUUGGACCAUGACGUCGACGAUCUUCUGGUGGGAUUAGUUGCUGAAAUUCAAGAAGCUUUUGCUCCGGAAUCUGUGCUCCAAAAACCAUCGCCACGUCAUCAUCCGAUCGACGAUUUUCACAGUGCUAUUCGGAGAUAUUCGCAGAGGAAGAAGAAGGCUCCGUUGAAUGAUUUGGAAGGAGGAAAGUGCACAAUGCUCUCCCCGACCGGAUUAUUCGCAAAAUUCAAAAAUUGGCGACGUGGCAGCUCGCCAAGGAUAGAAACCAACUGAAAAUCCCAAUUUUUCCAUUUUUUUUUCUCGUUAUUUUCCCCCUAAAUACUUUUAAAAAGCGGUUCCCCUCUUCCCAAACCCCCCGCCAAUUUGAUCUACAAAAAGCGCGGAAAAUCAAUUUUACGGAACAUUUUAAUUUCCCGCGUUUUUUUUUGGUAGAUCAAACACCUCAAACUUCUGCAUUUCUUGCUAUAAAUCUGUAAACCCCCCCCCCCCCCCCCCCGCCCAUAAAUAAGUACCAAAUUACAAACAUAAGUAAGCUCCGCUCAUUUAUUCUAGGCUCCGCCUCCAACAACCGUUUAAGCUCCGCCUAUUCACAGUGAAUUGAAAAUUAAAAAAAAAAGAAACAAUAAUAAUAAUACAUAAAAAUGAGAAUAUAUAUAUCGAAUGAAAUAAAAACGUGAUUAUCCUUGGAAAAU